GCUCAUAAAGGGAUUAUUUUUCUUUCGUGUAAUUAUACAAUAUGGAAUGAAUAUCAUUAAUAAAAGAAUUGAAUAAAUUGAUCAAACUCGCCAAUAAUAAUAAGUGACAGUGUAGGGGAGAAAAACAACAUUAAAAAAACCUGAAAACAGGCUGAGAAGCCUCAGAAUGGAGGACGACCCCAGGGGGGGUCCAGAGUGGCAGACGGAUUUAGAGAACAGACUGGGGGGAUGUGAUAACACCUUGACACAGAGAGAAGAGGAGGCCUGCCUGUCAAAGCAGAAGGCGGCAAGGCGUGAAUUUGCACUGUUUGACAGCCACAAGUCUAGAGACAAGACAACAUCCCCAGACUGUUGCAUCAGAGAUGAAGAGUCCUUGGAUGGAAUUGGUGAACUUCGUGGACUCAAGGAGAGGGUUUCAGGCCUUUCUGAGGGCCUCCUGAAGAGCAAAGAGCUUUCUGAAUGGGACCUGAGCCAGCAUGCAGCCCAGGGGAACCGGGAUCUGCCAGAGAAGUGGAAAGAGCGCCUCCUGCUGGCCCACAGGCAGAAAGAGGAGGUGGAGAAGCGGGGGCCAGAGUGGGAGACCUCUGAGGAGGAGCAGGAGGUGCAGAUCCAGACACUGGUUGGGGAAAUGGCUGAGCGGGACUCCAUCCAGGCUCAGCUGGUGGAGGCACAUGGCCAAAUGGUGAUCAGGCUGGAGGAGGUAGGGAGGUGCAAGAGGAGAAUGGAGGCCCGCAUCCAGCAGCUGGAGAGCGAGUUGACCGGGGUGGGGUCCGCCGUGGAGGAGGUGGAGAGAAAUCACAGGCAAACUGUCAACGAACACGAAAGACUUCCGGAGGAUGUUCAGGCAUCACCCAAUGAGAAUGAGGAGCUGUUUCAUCAAAGGAACUGUGGGACCAGAGUCUCGGAGAGGAGCCGCGGGCUGGAGUCUCCGGUCCUGUACCCGGACGGCGGUAGCUCGAAGGCGGCUCGUCUGGAGAAGCUGCUGGAACUGCGUGAGGAGACGGUGGCGGAGCUGCAGGGCAGGCUGGCCGGUCAGGAGCAGCUCCUGAGGGACAUGCAGGAGACCCAGAGGAAGCUGUCUGUGAGGAACGAGGAGCUGAACGCCAGGCAGCGCGAUCUCAGCGACGAGCUGCACCGCUGGAGGGCCAAGGGUUCCGGCCUGGAGCAACGCGAGAGGGAGAUGAGGGCGGAGAUCGCCCAGCUCAGGGACACUGUGGCCCACAUGGAGGUCAACAGCGCCACCCUAGAGGGCAGGCUGAAAGCCAAGGCCUCUGAACUGAAAGCCCUGGAAGCCUCCAAACAAAAAGAGACAUCCAGCCUUUUGUCAGACAUGAGGAAGCUGACUUUAGACCAGGCAGACAGGGAGGCUGCUUGGCUGAGAGAAAGGCAGGGCCUGGAGGCACAGCUGAGGAAGAGGAGCAAGGAGCUGGAGGUGUCCGAAGAGCAACAGCAGAAGCUGCGGCAGGUGUACGAGUCUCUGGAGGAAGAGCAGCAGCGGCUGCGACAGGCAGAGGGCGCUCUUGUGCAGAAAAACCAAGCAAUGGAGGCCAAGGUCUCACACCUGUCUCAGCUACUGACCUCCACCCAGGACUCCCUUGCUAGAGAGAGACAGGUUGUUAGCACCGCAAAGACCCAGCUGACCCACAAAGAUCAGAAAAUCAAACAACUACAGGAGCAGGAGGCUGCUCUACACUCCACAAUCAAGCACUUACAAGAGGACCUGCAGCGGGCGUGGAGGGAGAGGGUGAGCGCGGAGGAGGCUGAGGCGGCGGCAGGGGUGUCCCCCGAACUGCAGGUGCUGUCACAGAGGGUGAAGGUUCUGGAACACAGCCUGAGGGACAACGUCAACACCUUCACAGAGUCCGAGGCGGCCCUCCAGAACAGGAUAAAAGAGCUGGAGGUCUCUGAGAGGAACCUUCUGGUGAAGGUGGAUGACCUCACUGCCAGGUCUGGCGUCCCCUGUCCCGCCACGCCCCGACAGAGACAGGAGGACAAACUGCACAUGCUCAGGGAGGAGGUCCGCACCAUGGCCCUGGAUAAAGAGAGGUGUGAGAGAGUGUGGAAGGAGAGGCUCCACCGCUGUCAGCACCAGGUGAAGAUGAAGGAGGAGGAGAUGAAGAGGCAGUCCGAGUACUUUGAGCACUACAAGCAGAAGCUGCAGCAGAAGCUGGGCCUGUCCAAGGAGCGGGAGCAGGGGCUGCAGAGCCGGGUCUUCCAGCUGGAGCGCGAGGUGAUCGACCUGACAGCUACAGCGGCGCUGCUGCGGACGGAGCUGGAGAGGCAGGCCCCCGGGAGAGGAGCCCCGCCCCUGGACGCGGAGGCAGAGGAGGCGCCAGGCCUCGGGGACGAGCCCGGUUCCCUGCCGGGAGAGGGCCGGCUGAAGGGCUUCAUCAGCAGCCUGCAGGAGGACCUCCGGGAGCUGCUGGGGAGGGAGGAGGCGGGCCUGGCGGAGCGCAGGGGGCUGAGGGAGGGGCUGCAGGACGCUGAGGACAACGUGGAGUUCCUGUCCCGCAAGCUGGAGGACUUCCGCUCCCGCAUCCACGAGCUGAAGCUGUCCGAGAGCGCGCUGCUGGAGGAGGUGGAGGAGCUGGCCGAGGAGAACGAGCGUCUCCGGGGAGGUCUGAGGACGCAGAACGAGAUCCACGCCCCCCUGAGCCCCAACCCGAACCCCACCCCAAACCCCCCCGCAACCCCAUCUGAGGGGGUGGGGCCUGAACAACAGGAGCUCAAGCCUGUGGACAGCACUGAUUCGACAGGUGCCGUGGUGCCCGGAGAGGACCCGCUCCAGGGGAGACGUGACACCCCUCUGCGCCCAGCCAGGGACAGAUCUGCGCAGACACCUUCCCUGACACACUGCAUCAAAGAGGCCAUUACCAUCGCCAGGCUGCUGGAGGGCUCUUUCCUCCCCCUGCUGGAGAGCAAUUCCUGGGCUGUGGUGGAGAUCAUGCAGGCCCUGCGUUGUGGAGGAGUAGAGCAGGUAAAGCAGACCCUCCAACAGCAGGAGUCUCAAUCCAGACUACCUGUCUUGGAGUGUGAGGACACACCUCUGCCUGAUCACCAAGAGGGGGCAGUAGAGUGCUCAGCGGCGAAAGCGGUCCUCCUGUCCAAGCACAAGGAGACAGUAGUUGUUCAUUCCCAGCCAGAUCUACUCAGACUCUUUGGGCACGGAACCCAGAAUACGAAUCUGAUAUCGCUAGUGACAAAAACCAUAGACGUUGACUGUAACCCUGCUGAUGGUGGGACACCCAGCAAGGAGUAUUCAUUCCGUUCAUACUCCUUUGGUACUUUCAAUCCCCCGAGGGAGGCAAUGAGGUCACUGAAAGAAACCGUUUGGAGUUUGGAAUCUGAAGUAGACAGUCUCCAAAACAACAAAAAAGACUUGGAAACCAUCCUUCACAGCAAAGAAGAGGCCCUUCAGAGGGCGUCUGAGGAGAACGCCAGACAAAAAUCAAACAGGAGGGAGAAACAGGCAGGGGGGUCAUCCGAGGAGCAGGAGGCGUCGAGAGGUGAGAGGGGACACCUGCAGCUCGAGACCCUGAAGAACAACUGGAGGCAGGAGAACAAGGUUCUGGCCAGGCGCAACGAGGAGCUGCUGGAGCAGAUCACCAAGAUGGAGGGGGACUACGAGAGAGAGCUGACCCAGCUGCGGCUGCAGAUCUCCCUGCAGGAGCGGGACGAGGGCCAGCUGGAGGAGGAGAACCGGCAGCACUGCUGCGUCAUCGCCGAGCUGCAGCAGAAGAUGGAGGACGACCUGAACGUGAUCGUGGAGCUGCAGGACGCCCUCCGAGAGCGGAGCGAGCAGAUCGCGGUCCUGCAGCAGAAGACGGAGGACGACCUGAACUUGAUCAUGGAGCUUCAGGAGGCCCUCAGGGAGAAGAGCGGGCGGGAGGGAGGAGAGAUCGGGAUGCUCACAGAGGAGGAGAGGGACAAAGAGGACCUGGUUGAAAACACUACCACCCUGGAAUCAGAGGAGACCGUCCUGCUGAGAAGCAGUCUGGAGGAGAGCAGGGAGGCGCUCUGCCUGCUACAGACCGAAAAGGCCCAGCAGCAGGCCCUCAUUGAUAGACUGGAGGAGGAGAAACAGCAGAGCUCUCAAAACAUUGAAGAACUGCGUGGACAGGUAGAAAGGCUGUCCGGCCUUGUCUCUCAGCUGAAAGACGAGCUUCAGGCAGUGCGUACGGAGAAGGACGGCCUGGCGAAUCAGAACCAUGAUCUCUCAGCCAGACUGGAGAAGCUGAUCCAGACAAACGCUAACCUCACCCACAAGGUGGAGGACCAGCAGGAGGCCAUCAAGAUCAGCUCUGAGAUGAUCUCUGAUCUGCAGAAACAGAGAGAUGACAGCGUCUGGGAGGUAACCAGGCUUCAGGAGGCCAACGCAGCAUCAGAACAGGAACUCCUGCCAUUGAGGGAGGCAAGUAAGGCCAUCUCCAGUCAGCUGUCAGACCUCCAAGAUCAAAAAGUUCAGCUGGCCCGUCUGCAGGAAGAGAAGAGUCAGCUCCAAAGGGACAUGAGCAUUAUGCAGACACAGCAUGCAAACGUCCUGAAGCAGCAGGACGGGGAGAUUCAGACCCUCAGAGAGACUAAUGAAAAUCUCUCAGAGAAAAUUGCUGCCUUGCAGGGGACGGAAAGAGCAGUCUCAGAGAGAAACACCCAGCUCUGCCAGGAGGUGGACUCUCUGAUGAGAGAAAAUCAGGCCUUGAUCAUUCAGAUCCAGAUGCUGGAGGUCAAUAAAGAACUGGGGGAAAAUACAGCUGCAUAUUCUACUCCUCCAAAAGGUAGUGAGAUUCAAGUAGUCAAAGACGUGUCGGAAGUGGGCUGUGCCGUGAGACACAACACAGAGAAGAAAGAGCAGGAAACUGAAAAGGAGCUUGAGGUGUCCUUCCAGCUGAGUGACGUUUCACAGAAUACAGCAGUUAAGGGAACCGUGCCAUCCCCAAGACACAAAAUGGCUCUCGAAAUCACUCAGAAAAGUCGAGCCACAGUUUUCUCUUAUAAAACUGUCAACCUGGGGAACACCUUUCAGGACCAACCGAGCACAAUAGGAGAUAAGGGCGAUUUGCCAAAGGAGCUGGAAACUAUGGCAACAGAGCUGAAGAGGUGUCAGGAGGAGCUGGAGAAAGCCAGAGCAGAGGCACAGAAGUGGUACCGGGAACUGGGCCUGGCCGAGGCCAGAGGAGAGGAGGCAGAGAAGAAAGCUUCACAGGCUGCGAACGAAGUGAAGAGAAUGAGGGAGAGUGGUGCUGAUGCGGAACAGCUCAGAGUGGAGGUCGAGGCCUUAAAGAGCAAGCUGGCUGAACUGGAGGACCGGAAGGACACCAUCCGAGCACUGAAGGUGCACUCAAACGACCUCAGACAUCAGUUUGAUGAGCUCUUAAAGACAAAGACCCAGACUGAUUUAGAGAUGGCUCCUUUGAAGGCCAAGCUGUCCUGCAUGGUGCAGAAGUGCCAGGAGCGGAACAGCCUGAUUGUGCAGAUGGUGCGAGCUCUGCGCAGAUACGGCUGCAUCGACUGCACACUCACGCAGGAGGCUGAGGACCUGGUCAAUGACACAGCGCUGCUGGAGUACUCCUGUGCCUUCUCCCCUGCAGCGAGCAGAACACAGGAUCCUUGCAAACAUGUAUGGGAAACGACAAAGAUAAAUGAGGACAAAGAUUCUGCACAGCCCUCUCUGUCCUGCAGUCAAGGGGGUCUGUCUGACGCAGACACAUCACUCAGCUUCAGGCUGUGUGUGGCAAAGGCUGACUACUGCCCCUCACCAGACAUGCCCCAGACAGUGCUUCCUACACUCCCCCUUAUUGCUGGCGAAUCAGUGCAAGUCACUGGGGUUCCAGACAGCCGUGGGCUGUACCACGCAAAGGUGAAAGGGGAGGCCGGGCUGGUUCCUGCAUGUUUUCUAGAGGAGAAAGCGGACCUGCAUCACCGAGCUCUCCCCUCAGCUGGAAAUGGCACCAGCCUGGGGUCAAAACUGACCAGUCCAGAGAAGAUCAUCAGUUUCCAUCAUCAACUUCAACAGUCCCACUGUAGCAACUAUCAGGUCAUCUCUGGUUCUGAUCCCAGCCCUGAAACGGGCAGCGGCUGUGUUCCCACCUCAAGCCUGCCUCAGGAUACCUUGUCAGAUCUGUCCAAGCCCGCACAGCAUCCCUCCCUUUCCCAGGAGUCACGGGAGGACAGGGUGGGGCAGGGACAGGAGCAGCAGGGGCAGCAGCAGACGAGGGGGAGUGGUUCUGGCGAGCCAGCCAGGAGAAGUGCCAGAGACUCUGCGGGGGUGCUGAAUAACCCCUGCCCCUCCAGGGAAGAAGCCGGUGGCUGCACCCCCUCAGCUGACUCCUGCAGAAAGCUGUCUGACCUGUCAAUAUUGAACAGCCAAGGCCAAAAUGUCAGACCCGUCCUGUCCCACACCCUGGUUCCAGAGGCCAGAUCAAUAAGAGCAAAGCAAGAACCUCCGGCACCAGUGGGAUCCUUGGAGGUCAUAAAGACAGUGGGACAGAGCAGCCUGAUGAUUGGCUGGGAGAGGCCGCCACUUGACGAGCUGGGCUGCAGUAACGGCACCUUCGUGUACGGAUACAGGAUCUAUGUUGAUGGGGAGUUCCACAAGUCAGUGAUGAGCUCAGCAUGUACCAAGGCAGUUCUGGAGAAUCUGGAUCUGUCCGUGCCGGUCCACAUCAGUGUUCAGACGCUUGGUUCAAACGGGCUUUUUGCUGAGAAGGUUCACGUCCUUUACAAGAGCAGCAGCCCCUCCACUGGGUCAGCACCUCCCCCACCGGACAUGAGGGCCUCCAUCCUGCGCCGAAACAGUGGGACCACUCAGCCAAUAAUGUACAGAUCACUGCAGUUGAAAUCAUCCUCUCCAAAGUCUGCAGUGAAGCCAGUGAUGUUUGUUGCCAUCUACAACUACAGCCCACUGAAGGACAGCCCCAACAUCCACCCCAGCCGAGAGCUGGCCUUCCGGGAGGGCGACACUGUCUGGGUGUUUGGCACGCCCCGGCGUGAUGGCUUUUGUGAGGCAGAGGUUAACGGCAGGCGGGGCCUUGCGCCGGUGGCUUUCCUGGAAGAGAUUCCCAUGGGGCAGCCAAGGACAAGGCCAGAGAGAACGACGGGGUGUGCAACAGGCUCCCCUGGGGCGGACGAUCUGCCUUGCGCUCCCAGCUGCUCCAUGUCUCCCCUGCAUGGGCGGAAAGCUCCGGUCAGAAGGCUAUGAGAGUCUCGGGUUCUGACAUCAUCAAAACUUGCCAAAAGAAUUGACCAGGUCUGAGUGCUUCAUCAUCACAGCAAAGGAACAAAUACCUCCUACCUUUUUGAACGUUUAUACUGAUAGUGCUCCUCGAAAGUUGGGAAUUCACCAUUUAAGAUGUGGAGAGAACGUGAAAAACAUGAAUUGGUCUUCCUCAAAAAAAAGACGUGAAAUCCAAGGAGUGGCAUCAGCUCUGGAAGAGCUUGUGUUACCAUGGUGAUACUCUUGGUAGCCAUAAUACACGGCACAUUGAGAGAGAGCACUCAGUACUCACUAUGCCAAAAGACACAGGCCCCCAGUGAGACAGCAGACUGUAGCCAACCGUACCUCUUACGGAGUCCCAGCAGAGACACACGAGACGUCAGCCUGUCUCCAUCCACCUCUGUUCUCUUUCUCACCGUACUGCAGCUAUGUUGGUGUCUGGUCACAUAUGGUCAAACAGGCUACGACAGGCCAUACCAUUGGGGUCUGAUUCAUUAGUCUCCUCUUAAAGUUACCACCUUUUACAUUUCCUUUGUUAAACAAGGUGAUACGUUUAAGAUGACACUUUGUAAAUAUUCCCGACUGCCUUUUACACACAGAACAGUCCUGCUAUUUGUUUAUUCACUCUAAACAUCGUUGCUAACUCAUGGGGCAGGGGAAAUUUCAUACCAUGGCCGCAAAUCCCAGGGAGCAGGUUUAAGCAACUGCCAGGAUCCUGUGUCUCCUGAUUGGAUUUCCUCAGUCUGGUCCUCAUGUGGUUCAGCUGUGGUCGUGGAAUUAACAUGAUGCCAGUUUUCUAACCAGGUUGCCGGUGUACUAUUCAUUUCAAAAUGUCACAUUGUGAUUUUUGUUUUAUUAUGCAGCUUUUUGCAAAUGUGUCACAACUUCGAAGGUGUAACAAAUGUCAUACAGAUGUAUGGUCCAU